ACAAAAUGGCGUCUUGUCGUGCAAGUCUUCUUGGCGUAUUCGCCAGCAUUUUAUUCUUGGAUGUGGUAGAAGCCCGUUAUUGCUAUUAUUACUACUACUCUGGUUCCUACGACUUUUACUGCUCAUACUACUAUGUACCCGUUGGUACCAUCGUGGGAGCUGUGAUUGGAACAUUGAUUGGCAUAGCAACACUUGUUGGACUAUUGGUCUUUUUCUGCUGCAUCAGACCACGCCGUCUAGCGGCUAGGGGUACAGUACUCCAACCAGCUGGAUCCAAUGUAGCCGUCGUUUCCACCACAACUGGAGGUGUGCAAUAUGGAGGUGGUUAUGUCAAUACAGCUGCUUAUCCUCCGGGGACCCAGCUCGCCUACCCACAGAACACAUAUCCUCCACAACAGCAAGCUCCCCAGACUGGAUACCAACCCCCACCACCUUACAAAUAAACUCAAAGAUGAAAAAAAAACUCUCUGUGAAAUAAAUACAGCAUUGCAUAAUUACACUUGUGCCAUAUAUAAAAAUGUUAUUAAUUUCAAAAUGAAUAACAUACAAUGAUUCUUACCUUUUAAAAAAAUAGUAAAAUUACAUUUUUGUAAUCAUAUGCUCUAUCUAUUUUAUAUCAUUAAAAUUAUUUUUUUCGUUA